CACGUACCUGAGAGUCGAGUCUGUCUGUUUUCGGGCAUUAGACAUUUCAAAGUCGGCAAGCAGACCGUUUGGAUUGUUACUUUUAUACAGCAAAUUAUCUCCUGCACUUGUCUUCUUGUAGCUACAAUCCCAACAACCAGCUGCCAUUAACCAUAACCAUUAACGAGACCAAACCAGCAGCAAUGAGCAGUAGCAGUGGCAGUGACGGUGGCGGUGGCGGCGAUGUGGUGCUCGUAACGGGCGGCAGCGGAUUUCUGGGUCAGCACCUCAUUAAGCAGCUGCUGGAGCGUCGCAAUGAGCUGGGCAUCAGGGAAGUCCGCUCGCUGGACAUUGUGCCCUACAAUAACAAUAUCGGCCAUCCGGAGACGCCCAUACUGCGCACCUUUGUGGGCGACAUUGGUGUCGAUCGCGAGAGCCUCGGCCACAUCUUCGCCGGAGUAGAUGGGGUCUUCCACUGCGCAGCCUCGGUGAAAAUCGAGUAUCCGCCCAACUACGAGGAGCUGGACCGUGUGAAUGUGAAGGGCACCCUGGCCGUGGUGGAUCUGUGCAUCCAGAACAAUGUGAAGCGGCUGGUCUACACCAGCUGCACGUCCGUGUGCUUUGUGCCCUUCAAGGGGCGCAGCACCUUCUCGGCCGUCAUCAAUUCAACGGAAUCCAAGACGGACACACCCACCCUGGAUGGGGCCUCGCUGUGGGAGCAGGACAGCCAGUUCCUGAUUGCCGGCUACGCCUCGAGCAAGCUGCGGGCCGAGAACAUCGUGCUCAACUCCAACGGAGCCCCACUCCAGAACCAGCAGGAUUACUUGGCCACCUGUGCCAUUCGUGCCCCGCUGACCUACGGCGAAUGCGACUCCCACUUUGUUACGGAGACCCUUGAGUACCUGUCGACGCGCGGCUGGGUGUUCCCUCGGAUAGCCGGAGUCGGGGGCAAACAGCAGCUGGUCUACGCCGGCAACGUGGCCUGGGGACACCUCUGUGCCUACAAGGCCCUGAAGGUCUCCAGUAAGGCGGUCAAUGGCCUGCCAGUGUUCGUCACCGACGACACGGGCAUUAACGACGUCUCGCGCUUCAUCCAGAAGAUGGCCCUGCUCGGCGAGCGGUUCAAGGUGAAGACCAGCUGGUGGUAUGUGCCCCAUUUCCUGUUCUUUUUCCUGGCCUUCCUGCUGGAGGUUGUGGUGCGCGUCGCCUAUCCCUACACCAAAUACCGUUUGCGCUACUCCCCCCGCGCCAUCGCCUCCUACACGUCCUCCAUGCUGAUGUACAACCGAUUGCGCGCCGCGAUACACAUGGACUACAUGCCACUCUUUGAUGCGGACACCAGUGCCGAGCGCAGCGCCAAGUGGUAUGCCCGAUGGUGGGACCAGAAGCAACAGGCCAACAAGCUCAAGAAGUCCAGCUGAGCUGAGAUUUGCUCGGAUUAUCACUCGGAUUAUGUUGCUUGCUUUUCUAGUUUUAAGUUGAUUUUUAUGUACUGCCUCCCCCCACCAAGCUAGAGGUCAAUAAAUUGGUUA